AUGGGGAUGAAGGUGGAGGAGCCAGAUUACCUGAAGCAGUUUGACGCAGCCGUGCGUGUCAUCCAAGGCCUGCCCAAAAAAGGUUCAUCGUACAGCCCGUCCUAUGAAGAAAUGCUGCGUUUCUACAGUUACUACAAGCAAGCGACCGUGGGUCAGUGCCAGAUCUCUCGGCCAGGGUUUUGGGACCCCAUUGGCAGGUAUAAAUGGGAUGCGUGGAAUCGAUUGGGGAAGAUGACCAAAAAGGAAGCGAUGGUCGCCUAUAUCCAGGAGAUGAAGAAGUCGGCCCAGAAGGUCAUUGACACUGUGCCAUUGGAUGAGACGUCGGAGGACAUGUUUGAAUACUUCAAACCCCUCUAUGAGGUGAUUGAUGAUAUGCCCCGGCCCCCCGAGUCCUUCUUCAAGAAGAAAUUAGGACUGGGCCACGUGGAGGAAAGCGCCCGGAGCACGCAAGGGACCAGUGAUUCGGAGAGCGAGGUGUUCUGUGACAGUUUGGAACAGGUGGAGCCAGAACAGGACAGGAGGCCGUCGACAAAGGAAAGCCCCUCCAUGAACAAUCUUCAUGAGGUUCGAGCGGGAGAGACAAGCGGGCCUCAGCCUCCCAAGCGCGUGCCAGGCUCAUCCUGGGAAGAAGAGCUGAGCGAAAGCGAUCUGCAAACCGUUCCUGUUGAGAGGGACUUUGACACGGCAAGCGUCUCAGUCCGGCAGGAAGUGGAUGAGCACAUGAGGAGCACCAUCCGGGCCCUGCAGGAGGACAUGGAGGAAGUGAUGAGGAGACUCAGCCACCUGGAAUCGUUGGCCUCUUUGCAAGGCCAGGCAUCCAAGUCAGAGAACUGCCAGACCAGCGAAUUGCACGUGGCAAAGGAACUGCCCCAUCAGCCUGCACACCUGACUCCGCCCACCUUGUUUUUCCUGCUGGCUUGGCCUUUCCUCGUUCAGUGGCUCCUCGGGCGUUUUCAGAGCUGGAAGAGGUGA